GUCUAAAUAAACCCUAUUUUAAAAUAUUAGACACGCGGUACUGCUUACGCGUCCAGCAUUAAUUUAGACACAUUUGAACCUGUGCCUUACAAAUCUUUUCUUUCGCUUUUUUUAUUAUAUCUAAAAACUCAAUAAAAAAACAGCAGAUGAGUAAUGAAAUACAGCUACUAGAAAAUGUCGAGCUGAAACUUGCCAUGUGCAAUACAGAUGCGCAGUUGGAAAAGACCAUUCAAGUUUUUCUUCCACCAGUUUUGCUUAAACUUGCCAGUACCAAUGCUGAUGCCAAAAAGAAGGUGAUGGAGAUUCUUUCUCACAUCAAUAAGCGAGUCAAAGCCAAUGCCAGUAUCAAACUUCCAUUCGAAGCACUUUUAAAUCAAUUUACCAACGAUCAAGUCUCGACGUUUGUUAAGAACUUCACCUUGAUUUACCUAGAAAUGAGCGCUCUCCGCUUGACUCCAGAAGAAACCGCCAAGCAUUUACCAGAGUUCUUGAAAGGUAUCAGUCUUCGACCUCCUCAACAAAGAAUCGCGUUGCUUCACAUUAUCUUGCCUGUACUUUCAAAAUGGAAAAUGGAUCACGGAGAACAGUUGACUGCCAGAGAGAAUGUGUUCCAAUUUAACAAGAAUCCAAAAGACGUUACUGUUAUCACCAGCUUCUUCUUGGAUGUGAUGUUGUACCAACCUUUGACAGCGAGAGAAAUUGAAGAUAGAGAAGAAGAUAGCGAGAACCAACCAAAGUAUCCAGGAUUGAGCCCGAUUGCUGUAGACGAAGUGACCAAUAAGGGAAAGAUUGAAUGGACCACAUCAAAACUCAAGGAUGCCAAGCUUGGUAUCAUGAAUUUCAUUCUGACACCCAUUUUCACCGAUAGUGAGCGUCUACCUUUGUUAGUAGCAGGUAUUUGUGAUCCCAAUCAUCAGGUUACCUCUGCCUGUGAAGACGGAAUGCGUAGGUGGACCGGCAAUGUCGAUUAUGAAGAUAUACCCACCAUUCAAUCACUUUACAAACUGUAUUUGGGAUCUAAACCAAGUACUAAAUUAGGUGGUAGAGAUGGUAGAUCUCAAGCACCGAAUUCUGUUAAACUCCGUGUUAUGCAAUACCUUGGUAAAUCCAUUGCCGCAACAAAUAUGGUCGCACCCAUGAUCCAAGUGAUUUUCGACGGUAUCUAUGGUGAUUUGACAACUGUGAAACUUCAAAGAGCUGCCAUGUCAUUUUUACAAUGGUGUGCUCGAAUGAGUAAGGAAUCAAGUAUCGGUCCCGUGGCACCUGUUAUCAUUUCUGGUUUAUUGAAAUUUAUCAAUGAAAAUGAUGAAACUCAAGGUUAUGAUGCUGAAAGUAUCAAGGGGUAUGCCUAUGUUGCUUGUGGUCUUGUGGCAAAGAAAGUUCCUAAGGUUGGUUUGGAAGAUACGCAUAUGUUAGGCCUGUUCUUUGAAAACCUUGAGAAAGAGCAAAAAAAUAUCCGUACCUAUGUUCAAGAUGCUCUCUCGUCUAUGAUUGAAAUAUAUGUUAAUAUUCCUGAAACUUCCCCUAUAUAUGAAGAUCUCCAAAAAAUCCUUUUGAAGGCUGUUCAGAAGAAUGAUUCUUAUUCUCGUUAUAUGGCUUUGAGAUAUGCAAAUGCAGUAUAUCCUUUCUCAUGCGUUUUUGCUCGUUAUGUCUGUCUUUUGGGAAGCUCAGGGUCGGUCACCAAAUUGGAUGUCAAGGAAGAGGCCAAGCGAGGAUUAAAGCCUUUUGUGCGUAACAGAUACGGUCUAGUCGAAAAUGUAGACGUGAUUCCUCCUACCGAAUUGCCUAAAUUUUCAGAGCUUGUCAACUACAUACAUGAUCACCGACCCGAUGAGGAUUUGACACUUUCCUCAAAGACACCCACCAUCAAGGGUUAUCCUGUUGAAGUAUAUUCCGAAAUCUUGCACUUUUUACGAAUGAUUUGGAUUCUUGAGGUCAACCCUACAAACAUCCUGAUUGAUGAGUAUGUCUCUGAUAAAGUAGAAAGUAGUAUGGCAGAGGAUCCAAUUACCAUGAAUAAUUUCAAGUUGAGCGUGACCGAGUUAUGGCUUCGAGGAGAUGCUAAUGAAAAACAAGUCAUUCAAUACUGGCUUGAAUUUGUUGAAAACGGUUUAAACCCAGAACUGAAAGAUUCAAUUUUGCUUGCUACUUCAGCCAAAUGUUUACUAGAGGUCAUAUCAUUGGGUCCAUCUUCGAUUGCUACCACUUUUAAAGACCGUCUUAGCUUCUUUAAGUCCCUUUCAUUGUCUGAUAAAUUGGAAGCACGUACCCUAGUAUCUCACAUCUUUGGUAUUAUUGCAAGUCAUGAAAGCGUUCCUGAAUCAGAUAUUGAAUCUAUUCUUGAUGAAUUCUGCAAGAUUUUGGAGACUCCUGAAGGUAGUAAAGUGCACCAAAAAGCCCUCGACCAACGUCAUGGUGCUGCAUUAUCCAUCGGUUAUCUUGUAGGCCGUUGUCAUUACCGUCUCCGUAAGCUCUCAGACGAUAUUCUUUCUCGAUGUGCAACCAAUCUUGUCAAACUUUUGGAAGGUGCACCUACAUCACCCUUUUACCUUUUGGCUAACGCUGCCUGCCAAUCACUUGCUGAAAUAGGCCGAUCCAAAUUAUUGCCUUUCCCUAUCGCUGCUGAGAAGGACCAAAGUAUGGAUAUUGGUAUUUCUAUUCAGGAUGUAAUUGAAAAAUUAGCUAGUUUGGCAAAGACAUGUAAAGAAGCCAAGGUUCAGGAAAAGGCGACUUUGGCUUUGGGCCAUAUCUCGAUUCCACUUGUAUCCACACCGUCUACCUCUGCCUUAACUAAACUUGUGGUGGAUGCACUUUAUGAUACUGCUGAUACAAAGCAGGUGGAGUUGAACUUUGCCAGUGGUGAAGCAUGGUCAGCACUUGCUUUUGGCUGGGAAUCACAAGCUUUGCAAAAAUACAAGGAUAUCAAUGAAAUGCCUGUCUUGGCUAAUUUAAAGCCUCCUGCCGCCAGUGAUUCGACUUUCCAGCAAGACAUUAUCGAGAAAAUGAUUCGCGUUUAUGUUACUAGUAACAAGUCAUGGUAUAGAAAGGCAGCUUGUAUUUGGUUACUCUCACUUCUUAAAUUCGGCAAAGAUCAUGCACUCGUCAAAAAGAACUUAAACAACAUUCACGCUUCUUUCUCACGUCUUCUUUCUGAUAAGGAUGACUUCACGCAAGAGUGUGCUUCCAAGGGUUUGGGUCUUGUUUAUGAGUAUGGUGAUUCUAAGAUCAAGGAAGAGAUGCUUUUCUCGCUUGUCGGUACAUUCACAGAGGGACGAUCUAUUCAAGCUCAAUCUGUCACGGAUAACACGGUUUUGUUUGAAGAAGGUGCGCUUGGUGAAACACCCGAUGGCAACUCAAUCACGACUUACAAGGAGUUAUGCUCGCUUGCAUCUGAAUUAAACCAACCUGAUCUUAUUUACAAGUUUAUGAAUUUGGCCAACCACAACGCCAUGUGGACGUCACGCAGAGGAGCAGCCUUUGGGUUCCAAAACUUGAUGGCUUUGGCCGAAAAGGAAAUGGAAUCUUACCUUCCUCGUUUGAUCCCCAAAUUAUACAGAUAUCAAUUUGAUCCCAAUCCCCGUGUCAACCAAACUAUGAAAUCAAUUUGGAGAUCCCUUGUCAAGGAUAAUCAAAAGACUGUGGAUACUUACUUCAACGAAAUUAUGGAUGAUUUAUUGACAGGUCUUGGCAACAGUCAAUGGAGAAUUCGUGAAGCUUCUUGUGCUGCUAUCACAGACUUAGUCAUGGGACGUCAAUUAGCUCAAAUCGAGCCUUAUCUUGAACAGUUAUGGCAAAUGUGUUUCCGUGCUCUAGAUGAUAUUAAGGAUUCCGUACGUCAGGCUGCGACUCAAACCUGUAGAUCCUUGACCAAAUUAACCGUACACUACUGUGAUCCUACCAUGGUAGCAAUUGCGGAUGGUGAAAAAGUCAUGGAUAUCGUCAUGCCUUUCUUGCUUCAAAAAGGUCUCGUUUCCGAUGCAGAAGAUGUUCGCAAAUUUAGUUUAGAUGCGGUUCUUCGCGUAUGUAAAACAGGUGCUACUUUGUUGAAGAAGUUUAUCCCUGAACUUAUUGAUACAUUACUCCAGUCUCUUUCGUCUCUUGAACCCCAAUCCAUGAAUUACUUGAGUUUUCAUGUAGAUAAAUACAAUAUUUCUCAGGAGCAGCUGGACAAUGCUCGUCUUAGUGGCGCCAAAAACUCUCCCAUGAUGGAAGGUAUUGAACACUGUGUGAACCAAAUCGACGAAAAAGUGAUGGAAGAGUUAACACCUCGUAUCCUUCAAAUCGUAAGAAAGGGUACAGGUCUCCCUACCAAGGCUGGAUGUGCUCGUUUUAUUGUGACUUUGGUUAUGAACCGCCGAAGUGCAUUUACACCUUUUGCAGAUGUUUACUUAAAGGCGCUUAGUGGUACCAUCAAGUCCAAGAAUCCCGUUAUUCGUAAAUCUUAUGCUACUGCUAUUGGUUACGUCUGCCAGCUAGCUACUUAUGACCGACUCAUAGCUGUGACCAAACAUUUAAAAAAGCUUUAUAUUGAUGAAGAAGACGAAGAUGCAAAGGCUGGUAGCGUGGUCACAGUAGUCGAAAUCACACGAUUUGCAACUGAUCGUGCCAAUUCUAUUGCCACAGCAAUUGUUCCUCUUAUCUUUUUUGGUGAGCAUGAUCCUGAGACUAAUUUAAGCAAGCUUUGGAAACAAGCAUGGGAGAAUUUGACUUCUGGUACGCGUAGUAUGGUGACACUCUAUGCUGAUGAAAUAUUAGAGUUCGUACAACCCCUUUUAACUUCUUCAUCUUGGAAGGUAAAGCAAACUGCCGCAUUGACGAUCGCAGAUAUGUGUAAGUCUUCUGGUAAGGGUGUUCAAGUACAUGCCCAUAAGCUUUUACCUAUUUUGGUGUCUACCUUGGCCACAAGAUCUUGGGCCGGUAAAGAAAAUGUUUUGGAAGCCUUUGUUCAACUCUGUAUCUCUGUCAAGGAUACAUUUGGCAAAUCGGAGAGAGAGCCUUCAUUAGCUGAAGUUGCUAAAAUUAUGGUGCGCGAAGCCAAGAGGAAGAACCGUACCUACCAACGUCAUGCAUUGGUCUCUUUGACGAGUUUUACAGAUCAAUUUGCCGAACAAAUUGAUAUUCUUGGUGAUGUAACAGAAUUCUUAACUGAAUUGUGCAAGAUGGAUGAAGCGGAAGCAAUGGAAGACGAAGAUAACGAUAACGCUAAACCACUGUUAUUAAUGAUCAAAGCAAACGCUUUCAAGGCCAUUGUCUCUGCUUACAGACCUAAAUCAUUUAAUCACCAAGAAUCUUCGGCUGAAGCUUUGGCAGAAAUGAUUACCAGUUGUCUUCGUGGCAAUGUUUGGAACGUUCAAUUAGCCAUUUUACAGAGUUUAAAAACCUUCGUAGAACAUAGCACUUUCCAAAGUUUAAGUGACGAAAAGGUGAUGAGUCAACUUUUGAAGGCAAGUUUUGAUUCGUUGGAAGAUUUGAAAUACUCUGCUAUUCGCUCUGCUGCUGUCGAUGUCCUGGAACAAUUAUCACUCAGUGGUACAGUUAAAGGAGAUGCAAAGACAUCAUUUGUUCAAGGUGUAACCAAGUGCAUGCAGCACGAACCAAUCGCGCUGAUUCGAGACCGCAUGCAAAAAUUGCUGUCUUCUAUUAAUAACUAGAAAAUAAGUGAGACUGAAAGACUACGAAAAAAAAAAAAUUGUAAUUAUAAUAAAUUGUUUAAGACGAGAUGGAAUAAGGUUUAUUAAGUUAUGGAAAGCAUUUAUGGGAAUAUAUAUUUACAGAGUUGAUAUUAAGAUUAAAAAUCAUAAUCGAUCUCCCCUUCAGAACUCUGUUUAACGAAAUAUUAGUAAAAAAAAAAUUAGAAUA